GGGAUUUUAGUGGUGGCGUCAGCGGUGACGAUUUUCAUUUGAGAAAGGCAGAAAGCCCCCUCCUUUCACCCUGCCGCCACCGCCAAAGCUCGCUGACUGCACCCUAUUUCUACCCCCCACCGCCCUUCUUCUCCGCAUAUUCAGUUUCAGUUAACAUGCCCAAGGGAGACAAAAGCGUCCUCGGACGCGCUCUUGUGAAGCACCACAAUCAGAUGAUACAGCAGACCAAGGAGAAAGGCAAGUUGUACCGUAGCCAGCACAAGAAGGUUCUCGAGUCCGUCACGGAGGUCAGCGACAUCGAAGCCGUCAUUGAGCAGGCCGACGACGCCCAUCGCCUCUACUCCUCUCUCAAUCCCGCCCAAUUUCCCAUCAAUUUGGAUUCCGCUUGCAGCACAAUUGAUAUGACGCCGGAAGAAAGGAGAGAACAACAGAAGAAGGAGGAAGCUUUGCAUGCCAGCAGCCUCCGUAUUCCUCGAAGGCCGCCAUGGAAUUCUAAAAUGUCCGUUGAAGAGCUUGACGAUAAUGAAAAACGAGCAUUUCUAGAGUGGCGCCGCAAUCUUGCAAGGCUCGAGGAGAAUGAAAAUCUAGUUCUUACUCCAUUUGAGAAAAAUCUGGAUAUUUGGAGACAGCUUUGGAGAGUGCUUGAACGCAGUGACCUGAUAGUGAUGGUUGUUGAUGCAAGGGACCCACUCUUCUACCGUUGCCCUGAUCUAGAGGCAUAUGCACGAGAAAUUGAUGAACACACAAAGACUGUGCUCCUUGUGAACAAGGCAGAUCUUCUGCCGUGCUCUGUUAGGGAACAAUGGGCUAAUUACUUUCAUGAACAUGGCAUUCUCUUUCUUUUUUGGUCAGCUAAAGCUGCCACUGCUGCUUUAGAGGGGAAGGAGUUCAGUCUGUCUAUUGGUACUCAGCAAGACUUAGCUGAUGCUGGAACAAGAGUAUAUGGCAGAGAUGAGCUACUUGCCCGGCUGCAAGCUGAAGCUGAAAAGAUUGUCUCAUUGAAAAGCCAAUCGAAGUCGAUUGACACGAACUUGUCAGAUGUGCAUUGUGAUGAUAAAAGUGUUUCUGGGCUCACACCACAUCGAAAUGUAGUUGUGGGAUUUGUUGGAUAUCCCAAUGUAGGAAAGAGUUCCACAAUCAAUGCUUUGGUGGGAGAGAAGAGGACUGGUGUAACUUCUACUCCUGGGAAGACCAAACAUUUCCAGACAUUGAUAAUAUCCGAGAAAUUUACUCUAUGUGAUUGCCCUGGACUGGUGUUUCCAUCCUUCACUAGUUCAAGAUAUGAGAUGAUUGCAUCUGGGGUCUUGCCUAUUGAUCGCUUGACAGAGCACCGCGCGGCUGUGCAGGUGGUUGCAGAUCGAGUGCCAAGAUCCGUUAUUGAGAGUGUCUACAAAAUCAAAUUGCCAAAACCCAAGCCGUACGAACCACAAUCACGGCCCCCUUUGGCAGCAGAGCUUUUGAGAUCAUAUUGUGCCUCUCGUGGGUACGUAGCCUCGAGUGGACUACCAGAUGAGACCAAAGCUACACGUCAAAUAUUGAAGGAUUACAUUGAUGGGAAGCUUCCGCACUAUGAAAUGCCACCAGACUUUUCAAAUGAUGAAGUUGGUGCAGACGAAUGCAGCUCUCCACAUGAAUCAGACAUAUCUGAUGAUGAAGACCCUCCAAUUGCCACAGACGAACCUGCCAUCGGUCUGGAGCACGUGCUGAGCGAUCUGAAUUCUUUCGACAUUGACAAUGGAUUAGCCUCUGCCAAGACUGCUGUUAAGAAAAGGGCAAGUAAACCUCAUAAACAGCAUAAGUAGCCCCAAAGAACAAAGGACAGGACGUGGAGGGUAAAAGACAACGACGGGGAUGGGAUGGCAGUAGUCAGGGUUGUCCAAAAGAGCCCUGUGAUUGCUUAAAAGGGUCCGUCUUCUACCUCAUUAUUCUUUACUAAAUUACGACUUUGUUUUGUGUGGGAUGUAUUAACUCACUUUUCCAGAGGGCCUCUGGUUUCUUAGGACAAAAUGAGAUCAUGUAGAGACAGACAUAUGGUUGAAAACAUGUUUAUUGAUGAUGUAUUCCGAAGUAUUGAUUUAUAGGAUUUACUUAUUUGUGGGAAAUAAAAAUCUUGUUGUAUA